AUGUCCUCUGUCAAUGACAUGUCCUCAUAUCCCUCUAUCUUCCUUCUGCUGGGUGUCCCAGGCCUAGAAGCUUUCCAUAUCUGGAUUGCCUUCCCUUUCUUUAUUGUUUAUGUGAUAGCCCUUGUGGGGAAUUUCACAAUCCUCUGUGUGAUCAAGACUGAGCAGAGUCUUCGUCAACCCAUGUUUUACUUUCUUGCUCUUCUCUCUUUUAUUGAUCUAGGCCUUUCCACUUCUACCAUCCCCAAGAUGCUGGCAAUCUUCUGGCUCAAAUUCAGGGAGAUAAGCUUUGAAGGCUGCCUCAUCCAAAUGUUCUUUAUCCAUACCUACACUGGUAUGGAAUCUGUUGUACUCCUGGCCAUGGCAAUUGACCGCUUUGUUGCCAUCUGUUACCCCCUGAGAUAUACCACUAUCCUCACCAACAAAGUGGUAGCCAUCAUGGCCUCUGUUGUAGCGGAGUGGCCAGUCCUCCUUGUCAUCCCCUUCUGUCCUCUUCUCAAACGAUUGCCCUUUUGUGGACACUACAUUAUUCCUCAUACCUACUGUGAACACAUGGGAAUUGCUCAUCUUGCCUGUGCUAGCAUAAGGGUCAACAUCAUCUAUGGGUUAUUUACCAUUGCUGCCCUGAUCUUUGACUUAAUCCUCAUCACCCUGUCUUAUGUUCAGAUCCUACAAGCUGUUUUCCGCCUUCCUUCCAGGGAUGCCAGGCUCAAAGCACUCAGCACAUGUGGUUCGCAUGUGUGUGUUAUCUUAGCCUUCUACACACCGGCAUUUUUCUCCUUCAUGACUCACUGGUUUGGUAGAAAUGUUUCUCGCUACAUUCACAUCCUCCUGGCCAAUUUGUAUGUGGUGGUCCCUCCUUGUUUAAAUCCAGUCAUUUAUGGGGUCAGGACAAAACAAAUUAGGAACCGAGUCAUGAAAAUAUUUGUAAAGAAAGAGUGA